AUGGCAUCUUCCUUGUAUGGGGUUCUCUUCAUUGUUGGCCUGUGUGCUCCAAUCUACUGUGCUCCCCCAGCCAAUAUCCCCAGAGGAGGAUCCGCCUACCCUUCCUCCAUAAAGAGCACCCCCACCUCCCCGGUGUCUUCCCACAACACUGACUUUGCCUUCCAUCUGUACCGGAGGCUGGUUUUGGAGGCCCCGAGUCGGAACAUCUUCUUCUCCCCCAUGAGUGUCUCCACUUCCCUGGCCAUGCUCUCCCUUGGGGCCCGUUCAGCCACCAAGACCCAGAUCCUCCAGGGCCUGGGCUUCAACCUCACAUGCAUGCCAGAGUCCGCCAUCCACCGCGGCUUCCAAAACCUGGUCCACUCAUUCACUGUCCCCGGCAAAGACCUGAGGUUGCAGAUGGGUAGUGUCCUCUUCAUCAAGAGGGAGCUGCAGCUGCAGGCACGUUUCCUGGACAACAUCAAAAGGCUAUACGAGGCGAAAGUCUUUUCUACAGAUUUCUCCAACACCGCCAUUGCCCGGGCAAGGAUCAACAGCUAUGUGGAGAAGGAGACCAGAGGGAAGGUCGUGGACUUAAUCCAAAGCCUUGACCCUCUGACAGCCAUGGUGCUGGUCAACCACAUUUUCUUUAAAGCCAAGUGGGAGAAGCCCUUUAACCCUGCAGAGACAAAGAAAAGCUUCCCAUUCCUGGUGGGCAAGGGAACCACUGUGCACAUCCCCAUGAUGCACCAGGUGGAGCAGUUGGCUUUUGGGGUGGAUCCAGAGCUGAACUGCUUUGUGCUGCAGAUGACCUACAAGGGAGAUGCCAUGGCCUUCUUUAUCCUCCCUGGCAAGGGCAAGAUGAAGCAGCUGGAACAGGCCUUGUCAGCCAGGACGCUGAGAAAGUGGAGCCACUCACUGCAGAAGAGGUGGAUAGAGGUGUUCAUCCCCAAAUUUUCCAUUUCUGCCACCUAUGAUCUAGAAACCAUCCUCCCGAAGAUGGGCAUCCGCAAUGCCUUUGACAAAAGUGCUGAUUUUUCUGGAAUUGCAAAGAGAGACUCCCUGCAGGUUUCUAAAGCCACCCACAAGGCUGUGCUGGAUGUCAGCGAGGAGGGUACUGAGGCCGUAGCAGCUACUGCCACCAAGCUCGUAGUCCGGUCGAAGGAUGGCCCCUCUCACCCCACUGUCUUCUUUGACAGGGCCUUCCUGAUGGUGAUUAUGAAUGAAGCCACAGAGAGUAUUCUCUUCCUAGGGAAAGUUGAAGACCCCACUAAGUCCUAG